AUGAAGCUCUUAAGAGGGUCCGAACGGGACCUUAAACUAGACAUUGCCCGUGCUCAAGCUGCUAGCGCAGAAUUCUACAACAAAGAUGACUCCACCAAUGAUUUCCCACCAAAGACUCCAAGUUAUCAGAUUGAAAGUACUAACAGGUUUAUGAGCUUGGUAGGUAGAACAUUUCCAUGUAAGAAGAUGUGCCAUGUUAAAAGGGUCAUUGGAAAAAAAGUCGACGAAAAGAAAAAAGAAGAUGAACAGAAGAAAUUUGAAGCGUUGAAAUUGUUAGGGUAUGAUAAAAGGGUAGAGUUUUACCAUAUCAUGAAAUCCUUAAUCAAAAUGGGAGAAAAGGCUGUGUUGUCAGAUAAUGCAAAAAGAUUGAUGACUAGGGAGGAGACGUUGUGGCAAAACGAAUUGAAAGACUUGAUUUGGUUAGAACUGCAAGCAUACCACGCGGACAGAACUCCUAUGGAAGAAGACGCAUAUCUAUGUUUAGCUAGAGAAUGUGUAGAACCUCUUUUAAAAGAUAUUAUGAAUUAUAGAUUUCACAGAUCAUCUAAAAAGGAUGCAAGUUACAAUAGUGAUAGUGGAGUAGAAGAAGACUGCCCAGGUUGUGCUUCCAUUUUGUGUUAUUCGUGUAUGGAAGCUCAAAAUGAAGCGCUCAAAGAGGUAGAAAAGUUACUAAAAAGAUUAGAAGAUGCAGAAAGUUUAUUUCCUUCCUCGAACGCUUUCGCAGAACUUUAUCCUUUAUACAGAUCUCCUGAAAUAGUAGGAAGGGUUCGAGUAAUGUGUCAGUGGUAUAAUGUAACGAAACAUCAAAGGUUAAAAUUAAAUCUGUUAGGCAGAUUAGUGGUUCUUUUAGAAUCCAAACAUUCCGACUGGCCGUGUUUUGCUGUUGGCGAAGAAAAUGGAUCAGUGAGUCCAUCGGAUAGUAACAAUAGUACCAGUUCUUCAGGAAGCAACACCGAACCAUGUAGUUCAUCUGAUAUGUACAAUAUAACACCUGUUACUAUUUUCCUUGCUCAGAGAGAUAGUACUAAGGUGUCUCCUUACAGAAGAUACAUUGAAAACAUACUAAAAACUAGAGCGUUAGAUAAAAGUUUAAAUUUCUUAGAAAAAAUACAUAAAAGGGUAUUACAGAAAACUAAAAAGACUUUGGAGCUACCAGAAGAUCGAAGCAUUUUUUCCACGUUAAAAGUUUUUGAUGACGAGGAGCUUUGUAGGUAUGGAUGUUGGAGUCCAGAAUACGCCGCUCUAGAUCUACCCUCUUACCGAGGUUUAUACAUUUUCUUAGCUACGGUACCCUUAGACGUUUACCACGAGUAUCUAUUAAUGAGACUGGAGCAAAAGCCAACCAAUCCUUCAGCAUUAAGUACCAGACAAUUGAUGAGGGAGUUGAAGCAAGGUUUAAAGAAGGCAAUGCGUGAGCGAGAUUUGGCUUGUCAAUAUAUUGAAGCAGCGACAGCAGGUACUUUAAUAACGUGUCCCGAUUUCAAAGAAAAACUUCUAAAAUUUGACGACUGCAUCGAAAAAGUUUUCACCGACUACUUGCACUACUUAAAACAAUGGAUGAUUAUCCAAACGAAUUUUCAGAAAACGAUGCUGGAGGACGAAUACACAUUCGCCAUGAAUAUAUGUGAAAUAUUUCCACAUCUAAAGCGGACAGUAGGAUCACAAUAUACGUGUAUCUUGGGUACUAUUCUAGCGAAAACGGGAGAAAGAAUGAUUUCUAGGAUAAACAGUGCCUUGGAAUUGUUAUCUCAAAAAGACAUUGAUGUUAAGCAAAACUUGUUUAAUGUGUGCAGGCAGUUACAGUCAGUAUUUAUCGAAGAAAAAGAAACAAGUAUUAAGACGAUUUCGUUCCUAAGAAUGCAUUUAAGGAGGGACAUUGUAACUCAUGAAUGUAUACUAUAUAUGAAAGAUGCGAUAACUAUAUUCCAAUCUAUAAUUCCCAAUGGUGUGCAGAAUAUACAUUCAUUAUUUGAUACAGUGAGUGCGUCUAAUUUGGAUGAAGUCGACAAAAAUGCUUUAAAUUCGAGGAUACGAGAAUUAUUAAUGAGAGUAUUUACUUUCGGAUUUGAGUUUUACAAAGAACUGAAUGAUCUUUCCGCCGAAGAGUAUCGUCCUUCUUUAGUUGUACAGAUGGGACAUUUUGCGGAUCUAUGGAUGAAGUUUGUGACUGAGCGCUGUGAUAAAGGUAGAGGAAUUAGACCAAAAUGGGCUUUUCAGGGAAUGGAUUAUCUAUUGUCGAUAAUUGAGCCAAUUAAUUCGAUAUUGUUGACCGAAGAACAGUUUGAAGAGUUGAAGAUUAGUAUGGAUAGCUGCAUAUCGCAUCUUGUAGGGAAACCGUACGCAAAUUGUUCCUUAAACGCAAUACUUUGUGGUGCAUUAGGCAUAUCGGCUCCUUCCACCCCCGACAGCGGCUUUCAUUCAGCUUCACCGAGAAACAGUUUGGAGCAGAUGAGGGUUCGAUCUAGAGGGUCGUCACCAAGUCCUAGACCUACGUACAAGAGCCAACGUUCUGGUCAAGGAAGCAGGAAGGUCAGUGUGGAACAACAAUCUCCAGGCGUCGACGGAGUUGAUAGUACUCCCAUUAGUUCACCGAUUUUAACAAACGAAAAUACAAGGAAAGAAGAGGACAGAAAUGGCAGCUCCGCAUCCAUCAGAAUAGAGUUUAGUUCAAAUUCUCACGCUGAGAAAUUCCGCGAAGCAAUUGCAACGCUCGAAGCUGAAUUGGACCAAAAUCUCGCCGAACAGAAUCUCAUAGGCAAAGUUCUGGAAGAUAUUACGUCAAACAAAAGUUCGGUCAUGCGACGAAACGUCAGCUUUUCAUGGCAGCGCGGUAUAAAAGUUGGUCAAGGACGAUUCGGCAAAGUUUAUACGGCAGUAAAUAACAACACUGGUGAUUUAAUGGCCGUUAAGGAAAUAGCUUUGCAGCAUAAUGAUUCGGGUACGCUGAAGAAGAUAGCUGAAGAGAUGAAGAUCCUAGAAGGGAUUGCACAUAAUAAUUUGGUGAAGUCUUAUGGUGUUGAGGUUCAUAAGGAUGAAAUGUUAAUAUUCAUGGAAUAUUGUUCGGAAGGAACAUUAGAAUGUCUCGUAUCAGAUACUGAAGGGGGUCUUCCGGAGUUACAAGCUAGGAAAUAUACCUUCCAACUACUUUCAGGUGUAGCUUGUUUACAUGACCACAGUAUAGUUCAUAGGGAUAUAAAGACAGCUAAUAUUUUCUUGACUGAAGGUGGCAACUGCUUAAAAAUUGGAGAUUUCGGCUGUGCUGCUAAGAUUAAAUCUAACAUGACAAUGCCAGGAGAAUUAAAAGGAUUUGUUGGAACUCAAGCUUAUAUGGCCCCUGAAGUAUUUACGAAAAACAUGUCCGAAGGACAUGGUAGAGCAGCUGAUAUUUGGUCUGUAGGAUGUGUUGUUAUUGAGAUGGUAUCUGGUCAGCGCCCUUGGGCUCAGUUCGACUCUAACGUGCAAAUAAUGUUCAAAGUUGGCAUGGGCCAAAGCCCGGAUCCUCCCGAUGACAUGACAGACGAAGGCUUGGACUUCCUUGAUCUGUGUUUCAAACACAAUCCGCGAGAACGAGCUACAGCUAGGCAACUUCUCGUUCACGAUUACGUUCAACUCAAAUUGAGUUUGGAAGACUAA